AACACUUGCUUAAUGCCCUCUCGCAGACGCAAUGCAGCACGCAACACAAAGAACCAAGACGACAACAUGCAUAUCCAAGAGCCUCCCCUUCUCAACCUCGACGACUCCUUUUCUGCCUCUCCCGCCUGGACGCCACACGACAUCCAGUUUGAAAUCGACCCAGACCCGGACGAGCUGGCAGAGGCGCCGCCGGAGGCUCACCACCAGCUCCUAGCAGAACUCGACGAGGAGGACGAAGACGAAGAAGGCCUGAUGGAGAGCCACGCGCUGAACGAGGAGAACAAGGCUCUGCACGACGCCCACUUCGCUCACCCCAACAUCAUCUGCAAGACGACGGGGACGCCCGAGCAGGAGCCGUCACCUCUAGGUCUCAAUGCACCGCUGCCUGUGCCUGCGCCGCGGAGCGUCAAUCUCAGCGUCAGUCUGCCACCGCGUGCGCCGAGCGCUCUCUCGGCUGCCGGUGGCAAGGUCAAGAGCGGCCACGUGCGGUCGCCUGUUCUUACGCGCGAACCAACGAUGCUCGAAACCUUCUCCCGCACCGUCCGCGGCUACGUCCCCUCCGCGAUCCCCGUCCCCACCGCUGCACCCUCCCCGCCGCGCGUAUCCAAGCCCGUCUCGUUUGGCUCGUUUCUCCCGCCUGUGCCUGUCCCUGCGCCGCUGUCGUCCGUGGGCGCGCAGCAGCCUUCGUCGCCGGCUUUCGUGGCGCAGCAGCCGGGGAUGUACGCGCGGAGCCGGGGGAUGUAUCGCGGGAGCGGGGCGAUGAGUCCUGUGUUGACGGCGGAGAUGCAUUAUGGCGAGACGGUCGAUCAGGCUGCGACGUUUCUCUCGGAGGACGACGAGCGCGGGAGUGUGUAUGGGGCGGGGUAUCCGACGUUGCCGAGUGAUGGCGAGGGGGAUGCGGUGGUGUGGGCGAGAUGGGAUGUGCUGGAUGAGGGCGUGAAGCAGCGACGACUCCUGUUCAUUGGCUAUACGAGCGGUUUCCAGAUCUGGGACUGCAGCGACCUCGGCGCGAUCAGCGAGCUGCUCAAUGUCCGCGGUGCGCCGUUUGGGCGUGUUGUGUACGCGGGUGUGCUUGCCGGGUCUACUGGCAAAGGCGGGUCAGUGGUGGGGGAUGCUCCGUUGAUUGGUGUCGUGGCCAGAGCGGAGGGCGCGACCACGACGAGUAUGAGUGUGUAUUCGCUCCGGACGCAUGAGGUUGUGGCGCGCGUGCCGGUGCGGAAUGUAGAUAGGUUUAUAUCCAGCGCGCGGUUUCUUGUCGUCAGUACAUAUCACCCUCCGACGCUGCACGUUCUUUCGGCGGCGACGCUCGCGCCGCUGUAUAGCGUACCCUGCGAGCUCAUUAAUGCCUUUGCACAUGCGUCUUCUUCUUCUCCUUCUUCAACGUCUUCUACGAAUCCGAACAUGAACGGCUAUAAUCUCAACAUCGACAGCAAUAACUUCCACAACAACAUUCAUAAUCAACAUGUAUCUGUAUCAUCACCAUUAGAUCCUUCCUUCGGCGGGUAUCCCCACUCGCACCCGCACCCGCACCUGCAUUCUUCCGUCGGCGGACCGCCACCCGAGACUCCGCUCCCGGUGUUCGCGCUGUCGGGUCGGCUUCUGGCGUUUGUGUCGGCGCCGAGAGUGAACGACAGCGCGCAUAGGCCGGCUGUGCAGCAUCCGCGCACUGCGUCUAGCCAUGCCCAUGGGCACGGACAUGGGCGGCGGGCGAGUGCGUCGGCGGUGUCGUCUGGGGCGUUUGGGAUCGGCGGUCUCGGCGGGUUGGGUGGCCUCGGCGGUCUAAGUGGACUGGGAGGACUAGGGAGCGUGAACACGGAGGCGGUGGGGAGUGCGGCGAUGCGGGUGGGGAGUUCGGUGUUGGGCGGGGUGAUGAGUUUUGGGGGAAGGGUGUAUGGGAGUGCCAGGGGGUAUUAUGAGCAGCAGCAGCAGCAGGCGCAGGCGCAGGCGCAGAGGGAGAGGGUGAGGAGGGAGAGCGAUGUGCAGGCGCGGGGGUAUUAUGUGCAGCAGCAGGCGGGGUAUGGGUAUGGAGGGGGAGGGGGAGGGGGAGGGCAGCAGGGGUUUCAUUCGAGGAGUGCGCCUGCGGGGAGCGUCGGGUAUGCGAGUCCCCCGCUGGGCGGGACGAGUGCGGCGCCGUCUGCGAUGGGGUCGCCGCCGCGCGCGCCGCCGAUGGAUCUGGGCGUUGCGGGUCCUGCGAGCGUCGUCGGAGGUGCCGGUGCGGGAGGAGGGCUGGGGCUGGGAGGUAUCGCGCUGGCUAUGGGCGGGGGCGCUUCGUCUCGGCCGGUGGGCGAUGCGCUUGUGACGGUGCUGGAUCUGGCGCCGUUGCUCGAGGAUGUCACCAGGGACGGCAAGAAGACCACGGGCGAAGGAGGAGACGAUGAAGACGCUCAAGAGGAGUACUGGCAGCCGCAACCGCGAGUUGUCGCCGAGUUCAUCGCCCUCGUGAAUCAGCAGGCGAGCCAUGUGGAGUUUACACCGGACGGGACGGGCGUGCUUGUCAUGCCGCGCGAUGGGCAGGUGGCGCGGGUGUUUCAGAUCAGGCCCGGGGCGGCGACGAGGGGUGCGGCGGUCGCGUUCGCGCAGGCGCACGAUGGACGUGGACAUGCUCGUUCGAAGAGGCAUUCUGCGACGGGUGCUGCGCUCGCGGCUGGGUCUUCCGGGCGGUCCGUGGGUGUGCAGCGGCAGGGCGGUGGCGAUGCAGGUGGGAGGGCGGGAGGGACGGGCGAGGAGACGGCGUGGCACGUGUAUGAUCUUCGCCGGGGCCGCACGAGUGCGGCGAUCGCGAGUGUGGAUGCGGCGCGCGACGGGCGGUGGGUCGCGCUGGGCACGCGGCAUCGGACUGUGCAUGUGUUUGCGCCGAAUCCGUAUGGCGGGGUGAGUGAUGUGGCGAGCCAUGUGCAGGGGAGGGUGAGGAAUGUGUUGGAGGCUCAACCGCUCUCGGUCGAGCUCGCCCCGCUCGUUCGUCUUCGCGCGCCCAAGCAGGCGCAGGGCACACCUCCGGCUGCGCUCGCGCACACGUUCCUCUCGCCGGUUCACGACCAGCACGCGCUCCCUGCAAGCCUCCGGUUCGAGUCGAGCGCGGGUGGUGCACUCGUUGGCGCGCAAGACGUGCUCGUGUUCGAUCCCGCGGACGGCACGCUCUUGCUCCGGCGCAUCGUGCUCGAGCAGCGCGCGCGCGGCGGGUCCGGCUCAUCUGCCCACAACAGGCUCGGGUCCGGCUCGGCGGCGGCGGCUGGCGCUGUGUUCUCGGGAAUAUCGGGGAUCGCGACGAGUAUGUCGUUGCCGGGGUCGGGUGGGGGUGCUGCGGGCAAGUUGAGCGCGUCGCCGCCUGCGGGUGCGAGUGCGGGUGCUAAGAAGAGCGGGUUGACACAGAUGAUGGAGCCGACGCUGGAGCUUGUGGCGAGGGAGGUGAAUGUUGCGACGUGGCCGCAGCUUCGGCGGGGUGCGGAUUGGGAGGAGGUGAGGAGUGUGGUUACGCUUGGGGUGGAUGGUGCGGGGAAGCGCGGGGCGAAGACUAUCUCACUCUCGCACGCCGAACUGUCGACGUCCUCCCGCUCGCUCCGCCUCGUCCCGCGCGCAGUGUACCUCGCGCACCAGUUCUCGUUCUACUCCCUCGGCGAGGACUACGCGGGCCUCCUCAAGCGCGACCGCCUCAACAUCACGGGACCCAAGAUCGACGUGCGGCGCGAGGUCGAGCCGAGCGGGGCGCACACGGACGAGUUCAUCGAGCAGCGCACGUCGCGCGGCUCUGCCGGCGCGCAGGCGCACUCGUUCGACGAGAGCCUUGCGAGCGCGAUCGGGGCGGGCAUGGAGCGCUCGCCGAGCGGGCGUGCGCCGAUUCCGAUGCUGCCGAAUGGAGGGUCGCCCGGUGCGCGGGGCGGGAGCUUCAAGGGGUCGAUUCCGAUUCGGGGUGUGGCGGAUGGGGUGAGUGGGAGUUUGGGCAGGAUUAGGAGGGAGAUUGGGAGGGUGCGGUCGCCCCGGCUGGGGCCGUCGAGGAGUGCGGAGAGUGCGGGUGCUGCGAGCGCUUUGAGCGGUGGGUCGGGCGAUGGCGGUGGUGUUGGGGCUGUGGGAGGGCAGAGUGUGCCGCUGGAGUUUGAUGAAGAGGACGAGGACUUUUGGAAGGAGGCAGCGGAGGAGGGGACCGGGACGAGUGCGAGUACGCGGUCGGAUACGGUGCUCGAUACCGAUACUGACUCGCGCGCUGGGGCGCGGCGGUCGGCGCAGCACGACGACACGGUGACGCUCGUGUCCUCUCCGCCUCAGGGCGCCGGUACGCGCGUGCAUGAUCCCGCUGCGGCGGUUCGAGAUGUGGACUACGCCCAUUCCCUCGUCCGCUCGGGAGUUCACCGACUUCACGACUUAUACGAGCGCGACGACGAAGACGAAGAGCCCACAAGAGGGCAACAGAAUGAGGAAGAGGAUGACGACGAGGACGGGGAGGACAUCGGGAACCCGGAGUGGCAGGCGGCGUUCGAGGGCGCGGAGACGUUUACAAGCGUCGGCGACGACGGGGACGUGCUCGGGCUCAUGGACGAGGAGCAGGCGCCGGCGAGUCAGAUGCACAGCCAGAUGCAGGCGCAAGCCCAGGCACAGGCGCGUGCUCAUGCUCAGGCGCCGAAGGGCGAGAAGGGGAAGAAGAAGAAGCGGGCGGGGCGCAAGACCGAGUGAGCGCGGCGAGCUUCGACGUGCCAACUCAUCUGCCCUCGACACGGUGCCCUGCCUUCUUCAACAGCCUUCUUUCCCGUAUCCAUCGCUCGCCCUAGGUUCUUGCGUGCACGGAUACUCGUUCAGCUCGAGACGUUCGUCCCUCGGCCGAGAACCCUCGAUUUUCACGUUCAACACGGACUUUUCAGCAAUUUAGGUUUAGGUAGGCACUGGGUUAGGUGGUUUUGGCAUGGGCAUGGGCAUGGGCAUCGCAAAGCAGGAAAUCGAAACUUUUGUAUUUUGGAAGUCGGCAGUCUUUGUAUUCUUAGCAGGCAUUAGGUUUUGGUCGGUUCGACUUCCAGUCUUUCACGAAACGAUCAUGAUUCAAGGGAGGUUUUUUUCUUAGACAAGUUCGCACUACACAUAUGACAUUAAACCAGAUAGCGUAUUUACACAAACGGAUUAUCGACAUAAACAUAAACUUGCAGGAUUUUGGUUAUUUAGGUACACACUUUGAGCGACUUGUACUUUUACAUAGUAGCGUUCUCGUGGGGCAGUCGAGAGCGAUUAUAGUUGCUGUUUGG